AACUGAAAACCAAACUUGCAGUGUCACGAUAGUAGACUCCCGGCAAUGAUUCAGCGAGUUAUUAUGCGUUUCUGUUCGCUAUUCAACUACCGAUAGCUAGCUCGCUAGCUAGCGCGUGCUACGACCGUGUAGCCGGGGAAACCAACACAAGAGCUGCGACAAAGUCACGGAACCUGGUUUCAUAUACCUGCUAAACCACCGGAUAACGUCACUGGAACAUGCUGUUGAGUGGGUAUUGCCCAACUUCUCUUCUAAAUUCUCUGAGCAAUCAAUAGAGAUUAUCGACAAUGAAGGUAGACCGAAGCAAGUUAAAGAAAACUCCAACGGAAGCUCCUGCCGACUGCAGGAUACUUAUAGAAAAGCUUAAGGCGUGCAGUGAUGAGCAACUGUUGGUUGAACUGCAACACAUCAAGACAUGGAAUAUUGGCAAGUGUGAGCUGUACCACUGGGUGGACCUACUGGACCGCUUUGAUGGCAUUUUGUGUGAUGCGGGCCAGACAGUGGAGAAUAUGUCAUGGCUGCUGGUGUGUGACCGCCCUGAUAACGGACAGCUCAAAGCCCUGCUUCUGGCAGUUCUCAACUUCACAGCCCUGCUCAUUGAGUAUAGCUUUUCUAGGCACCUCUACAGCUCCAUAGAGCACUUAACCACCUUGUUAGCAUCAUGUGACAUGCAGGUGGUCCUGUCUGUGCUGAACCUGCUGUAUGUGUUCAGUAAGCGGUCCAACUACAUCACAAGACUGGGAUCUGACAAAAGGACCCCUCUACUGGCCCGUUUGCAACACCUGGCCGAGAGCUGGGGAGGAAAGGAGAAUGGCUUUGGUCUGGCUGAGUGCUGCAGGGAUCUGCUCAUGACUAAGUACCCGCCCAGUGCCACCACACUGCACUUUGAGUUUUACGCUGAACCGGGCCCUGAGGUAAAAGUAGAGAAGAAGACGAGCACUAACACACUACACUAUAUUCACAUCGAGCAGCUUGACAAGAUUUCAGAGAGCCCAUCUGAGAUCAUGGAGUCAUUGACGGUGAUGUAUAACAUCCCUAAAGACAAGCAGACCUUGCUGUUCACACACAUUCGACUGGCCCAUGGUUUCUCAAACCACAAGAAGAGGUUGCAGGCUGUGCAGGCCCGACUGCAUGCUAUCUCCAUACUGGUAUAUUCAAACGCACUCCAAGAGUCGGCCAACAGCAUUCUGUACAAUGGCUUGAUAGAAGAGCUGGUGGAUGUAUUACAGAUUACAGACAAACAGCUCGUGGAUAUCAAGGCAGCGUCUUUGCGCACUUUAACUUCAAUUGUCCAUCUGGAGAGGACGCCCAAGCUUUCCAACAUCAUCGACUGCACCGGCACUGCCUCCUACCAUGGCUUCUUGCCUGUGUUGGUUCGCAACUGCAUACAAGCAAUGAUCGAUCCUCUGAUGGAACCCUACCCGCACCAGUUUGCCACCGCGCUGUUCUCCUUCCUCUACCACUUGGCCAGCUAUGAUGCUGGAGGGGAAGCCCUUGUGUCCUGUGGCAUGAUGGAAGCUCUCCUCAAGGUUAUCAAGUUUCUGGGUGAUGAGCAAGACCAGAUCACCUUUGUGACGCGAGCAGUGAGGGUCGUGGACCUCAUCACCAACCUUGACAUGGCUGCCUUUCAGUCCCACAGCGGCCUUUCCAUUUUUAUCUCCAGGCUAGAGCAUGAGGUAGACCUGUCAAGGAAAGAGUGCCCUUUUGUCAUCAAGCCAAAGAUCCAGAGGCCUAGCACAGCUGUAGAGUCUGAAGACAUGGAUACGGACAUGGAGAUGUCGGAGGUUGCCAUGGAAAGCAGCCCUGGACCAUCCACAUCUUCCGGUUCCAAACCUGAAGCGGACCUCCGAGCACAGACCAGUGCUGCUAACGCGCCUCGUGCAGGUAUGCAGUGUAUUCCUCAGAGGGCAGCACUGUUAAAGUCGAUGCUUAAUUUCUUGAAGAAAGCAAUCCAGGACCCAGCCUUUUCUGAUGGUAUCCGCCACGUAAUGGAUGGGUCGUUGCCUACCUCACUCAAGCACAUCAUCAGUAAUGCAGAGUAUUAUGGCCCUUCACUGUUCCUCUUGGCGACAGAGGUUGUGACGGUGUUUGUGUUCCAGGAGCCAUCUCUGCUCUCGUCCCUGCAGGAUAAUGGGCUCACUGAUGUCAUGCUGCAUGCUCUUCUCAUCAAAGAUGUUCCUGCUACCCGGGAGGUGUUGGGCUCUCUCCCCAAUGUGUUCAGCGCCCUGUGCCUGAAUGCCAGAGGCCUGCACUCCUUCGUUCAGUGCCAGCCGUUUGAGCGCCUCUUCAAAGUGCUUUUGUCCCCCGACUACCUGCCCGCAAUGCGACGGCGACGCAGCUCAGACCCAUUGGGUGACACUGCAUCCAACUUGGGCAGUGCUGUGGAUGAGCUUAUGAGGCACCAACCCACUUUGAAGACUGAUGCUACGACUGCCAUUAUUAAGUUACUGGAGGAGAUCUGCAACCUCGGUCGAGCCCCGGAGUACAUCUGCCAGAAACCGUCUAUCCAGAAAGCAGAUGGCACUGUGGCGGUUCCUCCAGCCCGCUCCAGCCACGCUGCUGAGGAAGCUUCAAGUGAGGAUGAAGAGGAAGAGGAGGCCCUCCACACUUUCAGCCAGCAACAGGGGGAACCAGAGAGCAAGAGACAGUCAGUGCCACUUGAACUGGUUGUGGGCACUGAGGAGCGGAUACCUAUUCCUCUCAUGGAUUACAUACUGAAUGUGAUGAAGUUUGUGGAAUCCAUCUUGAGCAACAACACCACAGAUGACCAUUGUCAGGAGUUUGUCAACCAGAAGGGUCUGCUACCUCUGGUUUCUAUUCUGGGCCUGCCAAACUUGCCCAUAGACUUCCCCACGUCUGCUGCCUGCCAGGCUGUGGCUGGUGUCUGCAAGUCCAUAUUGACACUCUCUCAUGAGCCUAAGGUACUCCAAGAGGGCCUGUGCCAACUGGAUAGUAUUCUGACGUCUCUGGAGCCGCUUCAUCGACCAAUUGAGGUGCCUGGUGGAUCUGUGCUGCUGAGAGAACUGGCCAACGCAGGCCACGUCACCGACCCGACAUUGUCAGCACGGGCCACACCACUGCUACAUGCUCUUACUGCAGCGCAUGCCUACAUCCUCAUGUUUGUCCAUACUUGCAGAGUAGGGCAGAGUGAGAUCAGAGCCAUCUCAGUCAACCAGUGGGGCUCCCAGCUGGGCUUGAGUGUUCUCAACAAGCUUAGCCAGCUCUACUGCUCUCUGGUAUGGGAGAGCACUGUGCUGCUGUCCCUUUGCACUCCCAACAGUCUGCCUCCAGGAUGUGAGUUUGGCCAGGCCGACAUGCAGAAACUGGUGCCCAAGGAGGAGAAGCCAUCUGGCAGCACUGCACCCACCACCUCAUCUGGCGCCAGGAGAACUGCAGAGCCUGAGGCCGUGACUGUAGAUUCAACUACUGGUGGACUGUUGGAAGGCAUGGGUCUAGAUGGUGACACCUUGGCUCCCAUGGAGACUGACGAACCCACCGCAACUGACCCUAAGGCUAAGUCCAAACUUACCCCAGCCAUGGCCACCCGCAUUAAACAGAUUAAACCUCUACUAUCCGCUUCAUCUCGAUUGGGUAGAGCUCUGGCUGAACUCUUUGGCCUGCUGGUGAAGCUGUGUGUGGGCUCCCCAGUGCGCCAACGGCGCUCCCACCAUGCCACGAGCACAGGCACUACACCGACGCCUGCUGCCCGGGCCACUGCCUCUGCCCUGACGAAGCUCCUCACAAAGGGUCUCAGUUGGCAGCCGCCACCCUACACACCCACCCCUCGUUUCAGGCUGACUUUCUUCAUCUGCUCAGUGGGCUUCACAUCCCCCAUGCUGUUUGAUGAGAGGAAGUACCCCUACCACCUUAUGCUGCAGAAGUUCUUCUGCUCUGGGGGUCAUGAUGCCUUAUUCGAAACAUUUAACUGGGCCCUGUCAAUGGGUGGAAAGGUACCUGUAUCUGAGGGUUUGGAGCAUACUGAUUUGCCAGAUGGGACAGGGGAGUUCCUGGAUGCCUGGUUAAUGCUGGUGGAGAAGAUGGUUAACCCAAGCACUGUGCUGGAUUCACCCCAUUCCCUGCCAGCUAAAACGCCUGGAGUCACACCCACCAUGCCCCAGUUCAGUGCCCUUCGGUUCCUCAUAGUCACCCAGAAGGCUGCAUUCAGUUGCAUCCGCAGUCUGUGGAACAGAAAGCCUCUGAAGGUCUAUGGAGGCAGAAUGGCCGAAUCAAUGCUGGCCAUCCUCUGCCACAUACUGCGAGGGGAGCCUGUAAUUCAGGAGCGCCUGGCCAAGGAGAGAGAGGGGGCGCUGCGCCCGGAUGAUGAAGCACCCUAUACAUUAACUUUGUCCCCCGAUCGGGCCCCUGGAGCAUCUACAACAAGCGGCGAGGCCUCCGCAGCGACUGGAACUGCACCUACCGUGUCAGCUGCAUCAUCAGCAGCAGCAGCAGCAGCAGCAGGAACUGGAGCUGGAGCAGGAGCAGCAGCAGCUGUGGCAGCAGCAGCACCAGGGGGGGGAGGAGCAGCAGCAGCAGCAGCAGCUGUGGCAGGAGCUGCAGGAGGAGGAGGCGUAGCAGCAGCAGCAGCAGCAGCAGCAGCAGCAGGAGUAGCUGAUGAUUCAACCAAUUCAACCCCCCGGCGUGAUCCCCAGGUGAACCAGGCCCAGCUUACACAGGGAAGAUGCAGAGAGAGGGAAAGGAACGCACAGGUCGGCCAUCAGCAGCAGCAGCUGAUGGACAUGGGUUUCUCAAGAGAGCAUGCCAUGGAGUCUCUACUGAACACCAGCACCAUGGAGCAGGCCACGGAGUACCUUCUAACUCACCCUCCUCCACUACUUGGUGGAGCAGUAAGAGACCUGACUAUGUCUGAAGAGGACCAGAUGAUGAGAGCCAUUGCCAUGUCCCUUGGGCAAGAGGUCAGCAUGGAGCAGCGGUCUGAUUCUCCUGAGGAAGCAGCACGUCGGCGUGAGGAAGACGACAGGAGAGCCAGGGAGCGGGCCGAGGAAGAGGAGGCCCGCUGCUUGGAGCGCUUCAUGGAGGCUGAGCCACUGGACCCCAAGGAGCUGCAUACAUUCACUGACUCCAUGCUGCCUGGCUGCUUCCACCUUCUGGAUGAGCUGCCGGACACAGUCUACCGACUAUGUGACCUUUUGAUGACUGCCAUUAAGAGGAGUGGAGCGGAUUACAGAGAUCUCAUCCUCGGCCAGGUUGUCGAGCAGGUGUGGCAGGCAGCAGACAUUCUCAUCAAAGCGGCUGAGCCCCUGACUACCAGCGACACAAAGACUGUGUCUGAAUGGACCAGACAGAUGGCCACACUUCCCCAAGCCUCCAAGCUCGCAACAAGAAUCCUGCUGCUCACGUUGCUAUUUGAAGUAACCGAAACACACCCCUUGACAGUUGAACUGAAGCUGUUUGGUGCUAGAGUAGUGGAGAACAGUGGGAUUCUGGAUCUGCUAAUCAAGCUCCUUGAGGUUGUUCAGCCCUGUCUGCAAGCUGCCAAAGAACAGAAAGACAUCCAGACACCUAAAUGGAUCACACCAGUGCUCCUGAUCAUUGACUUCUACGAGAAGAUGGCGGUAUCUUCAAACCGCAGGGAACAAAUGAACAAGUAUCUUCAACCCAAUGGGAAUAACUGGAGGUGGUUUGAUGACCGCUCAGGCCGUUGGUGCAGUUACAGUGCAUCAAACAACAGUACCAUCGACUCAGCCUGGAGGGCUGGGGAGAGCAGUGUCCGCUUCACAGCGGGACGCCGGAGAUACACUGUGCAGUUUAACACCAUGGUGCAGGUAAACGAAGAGACUGGUAACAGAAGGCCAGUGAUGUUAACUGUCCAGAGAGUGCCUCGCAUGGCUAAGCCGGCCAAGGCUGGUGGCAUCACUGACUCAGAGAGAGAAGAGGGAGACAGGAGCAAAGCAGAGGAAACUCAGACUGACCUGGACUCAGAAGCAGCAGUGGAGAUGAGUGUUACGAAGGAGGACUCCAGCCAGCAGAAGGAGACCUCAUCUGCCUCGGAGUCUGAUAACUCUCAGAGCGCUGAUAUUGUUGUACAAGGCCUCACCGGGGACAUGACCACUGUUCUCAUUCGUGCCUGUGUCAGUAUGAUUAGCGUUCCUGUUGACCCGGACACACUCCAUGCUACUUUGCGUUUGUGUUUGCGUCUUACACGGAAUCACCACUAUGCUAUGAUGUUUGCUGAGCUGAAGAGCACACGGAUGAUUUUGGGGCUGACUCAGAUCUCUGGCUUCAAUGGCUUCACCCCACUUGUCACACUGCUGUUCAGACACAUCAUAGAAGAUCCAGCCACCCUGCGGCACACCAUGGAGAAGGUGGUGAGGUCUGCCGUUACCAGUGGAGCAGGUAGUACCACCUCAGGAGUGGUGUCAGGCAGCCUUGGUUCCAGAGAAAUCAAUUAUAUCCUUCGCGUCCUGGGCCCUGCCGCCUGCCGUAACCCUGAAUGCUUUGCCGAAACCGCCAGCAACUGUGUGCGCAUUGCUCUGCCGGCACCCAGAGGGGCUGGCACAGCCUCUGAUGACGAGUUUGAGAACCUUAGAAUUAAGGGGCCCAAUGCUGUGCAGCUGGUUAAGACCACUCCGCUCAAACUGUCCCCAUUACCCAUUAUCCCUGACACUAUCAAGGAAGUCAUCUAUGACAUGCUCAAUGCUCUGGCUGCCUACCAUGCUCCUGAAGAACCUGAACGUCCAGAGGAAAGGGCAGCAACGACAACGGCGGCAGCUGCAGUAGUGGUGCCUGGUGGCCCAGACCUGUGCCAGAUAUUGCAGGACGUUGGGGAUGACGUUUAUCAGCAGUAUAGACUCACCCGGCAGGGCAGCGACUUUGACUCCCAGUCUGCAUUCCAUAUUAAUGCUCAGGUUUUUUCUGCUGAUGGAGCUGUCACUGAGUCUUCCCAGUCAGGCACACCACAAGGAGAAGCAUCUACACCGGAAGAGAUGCGGGAGGAAAAGAAGGAGCAGGAGGGAGAGAAGAGUACCAGCUCAGAGGAGGGUAAAGCAGCUAAAUUAAAGGCAAGCAAGCCUCUAAUGCCUACCUCCACUAUCCUGAGACUGUUGGCUGAAUUGGUGCGCUCCUACGUGGGCAUUGCCACUCUGAUCGCCUCCUACUGCUACACUGCUGGACAGUCCGAGCUGAUUAAGGAGGACUGUAGUGUUCUCGCCUUUGUGCUCGACCACUUACUGCCCCACACCCAGAAUUUGGAGGACAAGGACACACCAGCUUUGGCCCGGCUCUUCCUAGCCAGCCUGGCAGCUGCCGGCACGGGCACCGAUGCCCAGGUGGCCCUAGUCAAUGAGGUGAAGGCUGCCCUUAGUCGAGCACUGGCAAUGAUAGAGGGUCCCGAAAAGCAUGCAAGGCUUCAGGCGGUGAUGUGUAUCAUCAGCACCAUCAUGGAAUCGUGUCCCUCAACGUCCAGUUUCUACAGCACAGCGGCAGCAAAGACUCAGCACAAUGGCAUGAAUAAUAUCAUUCGGCUAUUUCUUAAGAAAGGACUGGUCAACGAUUUGGCCCGUGUGCCUCACAGCUUGGAUUUGUCCAGUCCCAACAUGGCCAACACAGUAAAUGCUGCCCUGAAGCCUCUGGAGACUCUGUCCCGCAUUGUUAACCAGCCCAGCAGUCUGUUUGGGGCUAAAGGAGGCUCCAGCAAGAACAAGCCUGAACACGACACUGUGGGCACUACAAGGGACAGCAACAGCAACACUCAGGACCAAGGAGAGUCUGGUGAGUCUGAGCCAGUGGAGGGUAACCACAGAGUGCAGGGAAGAGACAACGACCUGAUGGAUGGAGAGACAGAGGGAGACACGGUGGUCAUUGCUGGUCAGCCCGAGGUUCUCAGCACACAAGCUAUGCAGGUAGAAAAUGAAUUGGUGGAUCUGAUUGAUGAGCUGCUUGAGAGAGAUGCUGGCGCCGUCAACAGUACAAUAAUAGUGGGACGAGGCGGGGAAGAUGAAUCUCAAGAGGAUGUGUUGAUGGAUGAGGCCCCCUCCAAUAUUAGCCAGGCAUCUACUCUUCAGGCCAACCGGGAAGACUCGAUGAACAUCCUGGAACCGGAGGAUGAAGAGCACACACAGGAGGAAGAUUCUAGUGGCAGUAAUGAUGACGAAGACAGCCAGGAUGAAGAGGAAGAGGAGGAAGAAGAGGAGGAGGAGGAUCAGGAUGACGAAGAAGGAGAUGAGGAUGACGACGACGAAGGUUCAGAGAUGGAGCUGGAUGAGGACUUCCCUGACAUCAAUGCCGCACCACACAUCCGCUUCGAAAGGUUUGACAGGGAUGAUGACCUCAUCAUAGAGUUUGACAACAUGUUCUCCAACAACGCUGACAUCCCUCCCUCCCCAGGCAACAUCCCCAGCUCUCACCCACUGAUGGUGCGCCAUGCGGACCACGGUUCCCUCACCCUUGGUGUGGCCGGCACUAGCAGCCGCCUAGCACAGGGCAUGGGUCGCAGCCAGCGAACUCUGCGGCAGCUCACUGCCAACAGCGGACACACCAUUCAUGUCCACUACCCUGGCAACCGCCAGCCAAACCCUCCUCUCAUCUUGCAAAGAUUGUUGGGCCCCAGUGCAGCAGCAGACAUUUUACAGCUGUCAAGCUCCCUGCCUCUGCAAUCUCGAGGCCGGGCCCGCCUUUUGGUCGGAAAUGAGGAUGUGCACAUCAUCGCCCGAUCCGAUGACGAGUUGUUGGAUGACUUUUUCCAUGAGCAGAGCAGCACUGGGGGACAAGCAGGAACUCUCUCUAGUAUUCCAACUGCCUUAACAAGAUGGACCGAUGAGUGUAAAGUAUUGGAUGCAGAGAGUAUGCACGAUUGUGUUGCUGUGGUGAAAGUGCCUAUCCUGCAGCAUCUGGAGAGUCUGCGAGAUGAGGAACUGGAAGAGCGUAGAGAGAAGAGGAGGCGGCAGCUCGCUGAAGAGGAGGAGUCUAAGCAGAAUGAGAGGAGGGCCUCUGGAGCAGAACAGGCCAGGGAACAGACCCUGCAGGGUUCUGGAUUGGGGACCGUUAAUGGAGCAGAAAACACUGCAGAAGGUGAGCAGGCACAAGGUGCUACGGUGUCCUGUUUAGACCCACCCAGGGUCUCUGAGGGCUUCCUUACCGCUCCCCCAUCUGGAGAGGUCACUCCCACCACACCGGCUCCUCUUGAUCAGACGUUUGACUCCCUGGAGACUCCGAUCAGUCAGCAGGUCCACCAGCCAAUUACUGACCUGCUACUGGCCGAGUCCCAUGCAAGCUCAUUGGCUGCUCUGGCUGGCCUUCCUUCUCUGUCAGCAGCUGACAGGCCCAACAGUGAAGCAGAAGCCUCUCAGAUGGAAAUGUCCCCAGCACCCACAAUCGGUGAGAGAUUCGAAGGAGGUGGUGGAGGAGGAGCAUUGAAUAAAAGCAGGGAAGCCUCCCUAAGUCCAGACAUUGUGGAGACCUCAGAGCCUGCAAUAGUGGGUGUGUCCCAACUGGAAGGGUCACCCAUGGAUACUAGCAGCCCUGCAUCUGCCACUCAGGAAGAAUCUACUUCCAAUUCCGCCCAGACCACCCAGCUGUCUCAGGAGCUGUCUGGCAGCGCGGAAAGUAGGCUGACUGACCGGCAAACUGAUGCCAAGACUGGCUCUACUUCUGUCUCAUCACCUGGGGAAACGAUGCCGCGGAGCGAGAGCGCUGGGAGCCAUUCUCAGGCCAUCCAGGAAGAGCCCCUCCCCUCCACCAGCAACGACGAUGAGGACCCUCUAGCAGGUAUAAGUCUGCCAGAGGGUGUGGAUCCCUCUUUUCUGGCAGCUCUACCGGAGGACAUCCGUCGAGAGGUGCUGCAAAAUCAGCUUGGCAUCAGACCACCCUCCCGUCCCCCUGCUGCUACUACCUUACCUUCCACUACAGCACCUGUACUGGGAGGACCGGGGCUGACGGAAGUCAGCCCAGAGUUCCUGGCGGCCUUGCCACCCGCCAUCCAGGAGGAGGUGCUUGCCCAGCAAAGGGCUGAGCAGCAGCGGAGGGAGCUUGCCCAACAGCCCCAACAGGGAGACACUCCUCUAGAUCCAGUCACCUUCAUCCAGACGCUGCCCUCAGAGCUCCGGCGUAGUGUCCUGGAGGACAUGGAAGACAGCGUGUUGGCUGUCAUGCCCCCGGAUAUUGCUGCCGAAGCAGCCGCGUUGCGUAGAGAGCAAGAGGCCCGCCAGAGGCAACUGAUGCACGAGAGGUUGUUUGGUCAUAGCUCAUCGUCAGCCCUGUCAGCCAUCUUACGCUCACCAGCCUUUACCAGUCGGUUAGGGAGCAAUCGUGGCGUCCAGUACACUCGACUUGCUGUGCAGAGAGGAGGCACCUUUCAAAUGGGGGGAGGAACAAACCACAGACCAUCCAGUUCCAGCGUGGACUCCUUGUUGCGUCUGCGUGGUCGAUUGCUGCUGGACCACGAGGCCUUAUCCUGCCUGCUGGUUUUGCUGUUUGUGGAUGAGCCAAAGCUCAACACCAGCCGCCUGCACCGUGUGCUCAGGAACCUCUGCUACCACUCUCAGACUCGUGGUUGGGUCAUUCGGAGCCUGCUGUCCAUCCUCCAGCGCAGCAGCGAGAGUGAGGUGUGUGUGGAGACGACGCGCCUCGAAGAUUCUCGCGGCAAGAGGAGCACCCAGGGAGGCUGUGGAGCAAAAGGGUCGGCCACCUCCUCCCUUUUCUCUUCCUCCUCGUCUUCCUCCUCAUCGUCCUUAGAGCUACUGAACCGCGUGGAGUCUCGCAGCUCCAGCCAGCUCUCCUGGCUCUCAGUUUCUAUGGAUGCAGCCUUGGGCUGUCGGACAAACAUUUUCCAGAUUCAGCGAGCAUCGGGUAGGAAGCACGCUGACCGACACUCGGCCGGGGGUUCAACAGGAUCAGGAACGCUGGCGGGAGUGUCUGGCACUGCGACGGCUGUCACAUGUGCUGGAGGUGGGGGUUCCACCGUCCACAUCCACCCACAAGCUGCUCCAGUUGUCUGUCGACACGUUUUGGACACACUCAUCCAGCUAGCUAAGGUGUUCCCCAGCCACUUCACUCAGCAGCGCUGCAAGGAUCUGUUAUCAUCUUCGUCUGACCUGGACUCGCGUCUUUGUUCAAUCGCCUCCUUGGGAGGAGGUGUGGGGUCCAGGACAGGAUCUCUAGGUAACCCCAGCUCCAAUGCCUCCAACAACCAGAACUCCUUCAGCUCAACCGCUGCUACGCUUCAGUCUCUGGGAAUCUCCACUGAUUUUUGGGACCUUCUGGUCAAGCUGGACAAUAUGAAUGUCAGCCGCAAGGGCAAAGCCUCUAUGAAGACCGUUCCUCUGGGGGGCAGUGCAGAGGCUGAGGGGGCCCAGUUAAGCCUGGAGACCUCUCCUCUCGGCCAGCUGAUGAACAUGCUGUCUCACCCUGUAAUCAGGCGGAGCUCCUUGCUCACUGAAAAGCUGCUGCGUCUGCUCUCCCUCAUAUCCAUUGCCCUGCCUGACAACAAGGCCACCGAGGUGCCUGCUGGACACCCAACCCCACAGGCUGCCAUCCCCAGCACGGCAUCCAGCUCAGGAGUCACAGCCAACAUCACAACACAAGGCACAGUGUCGGCGGGCAUUAUUCCGCCUACUGUGACGGUCUUAGGGGCCUCUGUGGGAGCUGCGAUCCAGGGUUCAUCAUCAGGGACAAGCCUAGCAGCCUCUCAGACCUCCUCUACAAUGAUCUCUAUACCCACGUCCACUGGAAUAUCCUCUGCAGGAAAGCUGAGGGCCACUGCUAUCAGUACAGAGUGUGACAACAAGAUGGCCUCCAGUGGACUCACGGAGAAACAGCUUCAACUCUCUGUGGAGGUGUUGACGUCUCACUCAUGUUCAGAAGAGGGGCUAGAAGAUGCAGCCAACAUCCUGCUGCAGUUAUCUAGGGGAGAUGGUGCCACCAGAGACACUGUGCUCAGACUACUGCUCAGUGGAGCGAGACACCUUGGAUACACUCUUUGCAAACAGAUCGGCACAUUGCUGGCUGAACUUAGAGAAUAUAACUUGGAACAACAGAGACGGGCACAAGCAGAUUCAAAUUCCCCAGAUGCUCCUCCGGAGGAUUCCUCCAUCUCAGGCAGAGGGAAGAGCAAGCUAUCUAGCAGGCUUGGGCACAGGUUCGACGGGUCGGAGAGUGUGGUCAUUGUGGCUGCACAGAAACGCACACUUGGGGGACGUGAACUACAGUUACCCUGUAUGAGCUCACUAACCUCGAAGACGUCGACGCAGAAGUUCUUCUUGCGAGUGCUGCAGGUCAUCAUCCAGCUCCGCGAGGACACGCGGCGCGCCAACAAGAAAGCCAAACAAACGGGCCGAUUAGGCUCCAGUAGUUUAGGCUCAGCCAGCAGCAUCCAGGCUGCGGUGCGUCAACUAGAAGCUGAAGCCGACGCCAUCAUCCAGAUGGUAAGAGAGGGCCAGCGAGCACGUCGGCUCCAACAGGCCCCCGCACCCACCGCCUCAUCUGCCUCUGCUGCCGUUGCCGCCGCCGGAUCGUCUGUGGCGGCCCCCCAUGCCUCCACUGGUGCUUCUCCUCCUGCUGGCACGGCUGCUGCUUCCACGUCUGAAGUACAGUCAAUGUCAGAAGCCCAGGCAGCCCAGAGAGAUGAUUCUCCAAUGGAUGUGGACCAGCCAUCUCCUCUUGAGCAGGACCCUGCUCCUCUGGAUGAAGACGGAAAUGGACCCGCCGAGAGUGAGGAGAGACUUCCAGACCUGCCGCUGCUCAGCGAGCAGCUUUUGUUGGAUGAACUAUGGGACAUGCUUGGGGAGUGCCUGAAAGAGCUGGAGGAGUCUCAUGACCAGCAUGCCGUUCUGGUUCUUCAGCCUGCUGUGGAGGCCUUCUUCCUAGUCCAUGCCACUGAACGGGAAAGCAAACCUCCUGUGAGGGACACCCGGGAGAGCCAGCUUUCUCACAUCAAGGAUGAGCCCCCACCGCUGUCGCCGGCACCACUCACACCUGCCACACCCUCAUCCCUAGAUCCGUUCUUUUCUAGGGAACCAUCCUCAAUGCACAUCUCUUCAAACCUUCCCCCGGAUACGCAGAAGUUCCUCCGCUUUGCCGAAACUCACCGCACAGUGCUUAACCAGAUCCUGCGUCAGUCCACCACUCACUUGGCUGAUGGGCCUUUUGCAGUUCUGGUUGACUACAUACGCAUCCUGGACUUUGACGUUAAGAGAAAGUACUUCCGCCAGGAGUUGGAACGACUGGAUGAAGGUCUCAGGAAGGAGGACAUGGCUGUGCAUGUGAGGAGAGAUCACGUGUUUGAGGACUCCUACAGGGAGCUGCAUCGCAAAAGCCCAGAGGACAUGAAGAACCGGCUAUACAUCGUGUUUGAAGGGGAGGAAGGCCAGGAUGCUGGUGGCCUGCUGAGGGAAUGGUACAUGAUCAUCUCACGGGAGAUGUUCAACCCCAUGUACGCCCUGUUUCGCACUUCACCAGGCGACCGCGUCACCUAUACAAUCAACCCCUCAUCCCACUGCAACCCCAACCACCUGAGCUACUUCAAGUUUGUUGGUCGUGUGGUGGCAAAGGCUGUCUAUGAUAACCGGUUAUUAGAGUGCUACUUCACCCGCAGCUUCUACAAGCACAUUCUGGGCAAGAGUGUCAGGUACACUGACAUGGAGAGCGAGGACUACCCGUUUUUCCAGGGUUUGGUGUACUUGUUGGAGAAUGAUGUGUCCACGCUGGGCUAUGAGCUGACAUUCAGCACAGAGGUCCAGGAGUUUGGAGUAUGUGAAGUGAGAGACCUCAAGCCAAAUGGAGCCAACAUCCUGGUCACGGAGGAAAAUAAAAAAGAGUAUGUGCACCUGGUUUGCCAGAUGAAGAUGACAGGUGCGAUCCGCAAGCAGCUGGCAGCCUUCCUAGAGGGAUUCUACGAAAUCAUCCCCAAGAGGCUGAUCUCCAUCUUCACUGAGCAGGAGCUGGAGCUGCUCAUCUCUGGCCUGCCCACAAUUGACAUCGAUGACCUUAAGGCCAACACUGAAUAUCACAAGUACCAGUCCAGCUCCAUCCAGAUCCAAUGGUUCUGGAGGGCCUUACGGUCCUUUGACCAAGCCGACCGGGCCAAGUUCCUACAGUUUGUCACCGGCACAUCCAAGGUUCCCCUGCAAGGUUUUGCAGCCUUGGAGGGCAUGAACGGCAUCCAGAAGUUCCAGAUCCACCGGGAUGAUCGCUCCACUGACCGCCUGCCAUCUGCUCAUACCUGCUUUAACCAGCUGGAUCUCCCAGCCUACGAAAGCUAUGAAAAGCUGAGGCAUAUGUUGCUGUUGGCCAUUCAGGAAUGCUCAGAGGGAUUCGGAUUGGCCUAAACUAUGAGACUCGUAACACACACACACAGACAUGCAUACAAACACUUGAUUUAGAUUUGCCUACUACUCCAGACACAUUCACACUGAUAACCUUUGAACGCACGCACACACUAUCAUAGACAUUACUGAAUUACUUGUUGAAUGGCCUAGACUUGCUGGUUUCUAUUCCAUAUAAAACGGAAAAACCCAGAAAGUUAAAUGGACGGAUUGUCAUUGCGUACAACACAGAGAGCCUCAUGUUGACACAAUUGUGUCCCCCUUCCCAAUUUAAUUUCAAAUGCAAGAACGGAUUCAGAGGAUAAAACAUGGACUAAUAUAAGAGACGUUUUCUUCAUUUAGUUUGAUUUCUCUGUACAAAAGGUUUGGGAGUUUAUUAUGUUUAAUCUUUUUUGUUUUCUGGCUGUGUAAAAAGAAAAGCGAAUGUUGUUUGAACAGGAUGGUUAUAAAACCUUUGGGGAAAAAUGUUGGUGGUUUCUUGUUGCAAAUUUGUGACCUCACAAACCUUGAUAUGGGGAACAUUUUUACGGGGUAUAUGAACAACUUGAGAAGUUUUGGAGUUAUUCACAAAAAUGCACUUUUCAAAAGUUUUGUGGCAUUUUUAAGGAAGGAUGGUACAAAAAAAAUGAAGAGAACCUGAAGGAGAUGAAAAAAAGUUAACCAUACAUUCUAGAGUAUUUUUGGCUAUUAAAUCGCUGAACCAGCCUUGAGCCCUUGAUCAGAGUGGAAUAACUACAUGAAUAAAUGCAUAAAAUUGCGUC